GCCAAGGGCAGCUGUCACAGAGCUGCUGUUAUCUCUGGCAUUGCUGGGUCACCAGGAUAUUUAGCAGUAACAUGAAAAACCCCUGGGGAAAUGCUACAUAACUACUCCAGACCGAAUGGCAAAACUAUAGGAUUUGCAAGAAUUGCUUCUAAUGGUCUGCUCCGGGUGUCAGUGCCUCCUAGCACACUAACCUUGCAAACACCUAGUUGUGGGGAGUUUCUCUUCUGCUGCCCCAGAUAAGGUUAAAGGCUCAUCAACAGCUCAUACAAGAGGAUUCAACACCCCUCCAGCCCCCAGUACAAAUGCCUGUUCCCGGAGUCACAGUGUGGGUCCAGGAGAGAGAGCGCCCCGCACUCUAGAACAGGGCCAGCAGCAGUCCCCCCCUUGCCAUUCCUAGGGUGGCUCUGCCUCCAGGUGGAGCAUGCCAGAGAGAGGAGGAGCUUUUGCAAUCCAGCCCCACUGCCACAUUUAUCAGGGCCGUGGGAAAGCAUGGAGGCUGCAGGCAGAUUGCUCUGCAGAAUCUCGCUGCUCCUUCUGUGGCUCCAGCCCGGGCUAGGGAGGACUCGAGUGGUGCAGGCGGCUCCCCCAGGUUUUAUAGAGAGCAGCUGCCCUUCCAGGAUCUUUUGGGUGAAACUGGACAAACGCUUCCUGCAGGGAAAGUUCUUCAGUCUGGAGCUCGUGGACCCCUCUGGUGGCACAGUCCUGCUUGAUGAGAAAUUGGCUGCUCGAUGUGGCUAUGUCCUGUCAGUAGAUGUGUGGGGCAAUCCUAUCUUCCGGGCUUCUGUGCUUGGCUGUCAUGUGGCAAACAAGGCAGAUGAAUUGUUUUCUCUUACUAUAAACGUAAAGGUGUCCUCCUCUCCAGACAUGAGGCAAGCUGCAACCUACACCUAUCCUAUGUACUGUACAUACUCUCCAUGGGCUCCAAGAGAAAUUGUAUGUGAAGAAAAUUAUAUGGAGGUGUCGGUGAAGAGUGAUGUUCCUGCAAUUUCAGACGAUGACACUGCAAUAUGGAUGUCAGCUCUGCCAGAGGUUCAAAAAGUGGAAUACCAGGUAUGGCAACUGAUCUUUCUUUCUCCUUCAGGGAGAAAGAAAAUAAUGGUAAGCGACGCAGCCAGCCUGGGUUACAGCUUCAAUAAUACACUGGCUCGAGUGUUCCUGCGUGCUCCAUAUUCCAGUAAUGAAUCUAAACUUGCAGUGGUUAAUGGUGUGAAUAUGAACUCAGUCAGUUCCACUUCCAUGUACAAGCAGAGGUGGCUGCUUCUCUUGAUUGACACAACUGUCUCAUGUCCUAUCGAUGGCACCAGAUUCACUGAUACUGCUAUAACUUGGACUGUGCCAAGCAUUAUCCCUACACUAGUGCCUCAAGAACCCACCUUCGUGUCCAAAAACAUUUCAGUGGGAGUCGAUGGCCAAAGAAUAAUGCACCCUGAACAGAAUUAUAUUCUGGAACACAACAAGACACACAUUCGAAUGACUGUGCCCAUUGGAGCAGCUGGGGGCAGAUUAAAGAGCACUGUAGCCAAUGGAGUGCAUGGAGUAAUCUAUAGUAUCAACUUAUUCUUGGAGCACACUUGGACAGAUGUAGAUUGGCAUAUGACUAAAUAUACUGUGAUCAAGCCCAUCACUACACCUUUCAUGCCUCGAAUACCAACAGUCAUCAACAAUACUCUUCCAGAGAAGAGAAUAUUUGAUGUUGCAUUUGGAUCUUUUCUUCCUGACGUCUCUCUGGUGACAAUCACAAUAGGAAAUGUGCCACUUUCCCCAAGAGAGGCAGAGCAUCAUGGGUACAAAGUUUAUGAAAUUACUUUCCCCAAUGGAACAAAGGGAUUUAACUUAGAAGUGCCUUUUGAUGAUCCUACUGUUCUGAAGGAGUAUGUGAAUCGAAAUGAAACAAAAUAUACCCUCCGUGUUAACUAUACGUUACAUGUGGGUCCUGAAAUGAAACCAUAUAAUCAUCCAGCAGAAGUAGAAUGUGUGGUUGCUGAUAUUGAACUACCAGAAGCAGUUGGUUACUGUGAUAAAGAGAACCUGUAUCUAGCAGUUCCCGUUUCAGCUCUGUAUCAGUACUGGAACCUGUACAUUGGUAACGAACUUCUGAAUCAGCAAACUGUGCUCUCAAAUAGGUAUCUCCUGACUACCAAUUCUACCCAUCUGGUGUUGCAAGUACCUCUGUUUACUAUGGGGAUUAUCUAUGAGGAAGUGUCCUUUCAAAGACUCAAAACUAGGUUUGAUCUUGCACUCAGGAAAGCAAAUACUCUGGAGACCAUAGAAACAUUCUCUGUGAGCUGCAAUUUUAAUUCUUCAGAAUUUAUAGUGUGCUACCCUAAUGGAACUGUAACAGUAUCUGCCCCAAUGAAGACGAUUCCUUCCAUUGAUAUGGGCAAAACAAAACUGAAAGACAGCACCUGCAAGCCCAAAGAAUUUAAUGAGGAACAAGCCUUCUUCCAGUUCCAUGUCUCCACUUGUGGCACUUUACUAAAGUUUGAAGGUGAUCACAUUAUUUAUGAAAAUGAAAUAUCUUAUGAGAAAAAGAUUCUCCCAGCAUGGGGACCACCUAGAAUCACAAGAGAUCCAGAUUAUAGAUUGACAGUCUUGUGCUACUACCCAACAAAAGAGAGACUGGUGCAUACUGCUAUGGUUAGCAAUCUACCUACAAAUGGAUCACCUCCUUUUGGCUAUGGUACAAUGAUGGUGAGAUCAAAUGUUGCAGGACACAGAAGGACCAGACAAGUUCUGAAUAUAAUCGCAAGGGUAUCCAAAGAUGAAUCUUUCAUGGAACUUUAUGAACCAAAUUUGACAAUAGUUAAACCUUCCUUGGAGCCCAUAUUUUUUGAGGUAGAGCUAAAAGAUGAGGAACCCAAUGUUGAAUUACACUUGAAUAACUGCUGGAUGACUGGAUCUUCAGACUUCAAAAGCACAUCACAAUGGAACAUUACUGUGGAUGGCUGUGGGAACGAAAACAACAAAUCUGUUACAGCGUUCUAUCCAGUAUCUGCUAGUAGAAGAGUGAAACAUCCCGCUCACUUUAAAAGAUUGGCAGUAAGGAUGCUGAUACCUCUGCUGGGACAGGUGCACUUCCACUGCACGGUCACAGUCUGCUCUCCUCCUAAAGUGUCGUCUGGCAACAUUUGGACCUGUGGAGGCCGGUGUGACGCUACCAGGAAGAGGAUAGAUCAACACUCUGAACCAUAUUCUGGUCUCCACGGUUAUGUAUUGGCUGGGCCAUUCUGGAUUGUUGAUCAUGAACCAACUGAGGAGAAAAACAUAUAGACCAAACUAGAUGCCGACACGUAACUUGCUGGCCCCUGGACUCCUCCUGUGUGUGAUCAUGGCUGCUUUAUUAUUAUUUCAUAAACUGAUUUUCAUGAAGGGUAAAGAGCAAACGUGAAACAUCAGCUAAAAGUAUUGCUUCAAUACACACAAGCUAUUGUAAAUGAGUAAUUACACUGAACAUGUGCCUAACGGGAUCCCCACGUUUAUAGUUUGUUCCCAGUAAAAUUUAACUGGCUGUGCUCUCCUCUCUCAAUACAAACUCUCAGCCUGGAUACUGAUGCAUCUAGUGCUGGCACAGGCUUAAUAUAAACUAGAUACUCAAAGGAAGGGAUCUCCCUUUCCUGUACCUGUCAGUGUACAAUAACAGCAACUGUGCAAAAGGGAGAAUGGAUUCCUAUCAUCACUAAAACACCAACUCAUCCACUAUCGAGUUCUCUAGAGACUGUGUGUGUGAGAUUAGACUUGGAUAUACCUUUAAACUGGCUGUCCAGAAAAUAAAUCAGAUUCAGUACAGGCUACAACUACACCACGGGCUGGGGCUGAUAUUUCCAGCUCAUUUUCACAUACUGCACUAACUCACCUCAAGCUAGUGAGAGUGUAAAUGGCAAUGUAGUCAAGAAGCUGGACCCAGUACAUACCCAUCAGUUUUAGGCUGUUUUGUACUUGACAGGACUAAGUCAUGCCACUCCUGCUUAUGCUAUUUAUACUCACGCUAGCUCACUGUGUAUACAAGCUGGGAAUCAUAGCUCAUAGUGUAGAUGUAGCAUCUGACUAGUCAUCCUAUAGCCUUUAUAGCUGACCACUCUGACUCCCCCUUGAGGGGCUGGGGGGAGGCUAUGCAUUAGAUGUACAGUAAUGGGCACAUAAGCAAUUCCAUGAAAGUCUGCUACUCAUGAAGCAAUUAACUGGACUUUGAAUCAUCCUAGUAUUUGAUCAGACUCCUUCACUCCAGUGAGAAUGGGAAGUAGCCCACCUCCAUAACUUGCAGAGGGGGAGCAAACUCUGCCUAAAGUCAGGCAAGGACAAGGGUCCUGUAGGGAAAACCCUAAUAGUGAAACUUGGGGAGGGAGUUCAGACCAGCUACACAAUGCCCGUGCUGUAAGGAGCAAUGUGAGAACUCCCUCUGACCUGCCAUAUUGGAGGGUUUUCCCCAUAUACUAUAGGCACUCUUCAAUCUCCAGUAGGAGUGGAAGUCUUGGCCUAAUUCUGAGUCAAGUCUCCUUUCCCAUAGUCUCACUGUAGUAAAAGGAUCUGGGCGGUAUUGAGUGAAGUGUUGCUUUCCUCUGAAGGUCGGCAGCUCCUGCUGCUGCAAGUAGUAGGCAUCCUUCAGCCUCAAGAGACCAUGGGUCUGUGCCCCUGAGAGGUAAGGGAUUUAUUUAGUUGACAGCCGUGAACGUGGCUGAAGAGACAUGCUUGAGAGAGACAAUCUCUCCCGCAUCUGUCACGUUUAAAGGUGAUGUUUCAACCCUUUGGGCUCUGCCUUCUGCGAGCUCUUUUCUCCUCUGAUAAGCUGGAUGGCUUCCUCAUAACGCUGGAGACCUUUGUUAAGCUCUUGUUUCCAAAAGCUGCGGUCUUGAGUGUGAUCUUCCCUUUGUUCAAAUACAUAUCCAUUUCUUUGAGGUCUUGCUUGCACAUAUCCUUGAAAUGCAAUUUUAGGCAUCCUUUGGGUCUUUUUCCAGAUGCCAAUUCACCAUAGAGGAUGUCCUUUGGGAUGUGCCCAUCAUUCAUUCAGGACAGUGAAGGCAUCUCUGUUUGAGGAGUGUUGGUAUGCUGGCCCAUUUGAGCACCUGAGUGUUCGUGACUCUGUCCCUCCCGGAGAUUCCAAAGAUUCGACGAAGGCAACACAUAUGAAAGCUGUUGAGCCUUGUUUCCUGAUGAGAGUAUAAGGUCUAUGUCUCGCUCCCAUACAACAGUAUACUGAUAACACAUGUAUGAUACAGAUCUUUGUGUGUUCUGUCAGCUUGCUGUUUUGCCAUACCCUCUUGUUCAGUCUAGACAUUGUUGUAGUGGGUUUUCCCAUGCGGAUGUUGAGUUCUGAAAGCUUGACUGCGAUAGUGGACCCCAGCACAAGAGUGCUAUCCAAAUGAAAGAACAGUGUGUGAUAAAAGCACUCAUGUUUAGAAAGAGAGGAAUUGCCAAACUAUGUCAAACCAGGGUCCACCUAGUAUGAUCACCAACAGUGGCCAGCACUAACUGCUUCUGGAGAAGGUACAGGAAAUCUCCUAGCAGACAGAUGUGGAAUAAGCUGCCUUCUGAAAAGGUCUCAUCCUAAUAGGUUAGGCCUUUUCUGACCCUCCCCAUUUUUGAGACUCAGGACCAGUAUUGCACACAUUAUUCCAGAGCAGACUCAACUAGUAAGUAAUGGUAUUAUUCGCCAUCCUAUUCCAUAUGCAUCCUAACAUCUGGUUUUGUAUUUUUUUAAUGAUAGCUGCACACUAAACAGAGGUCUCUGAGGUAUCCAUAGUCCUGUUAAUUUAUCACUCUGCAAGGCUUUGGUUAAAAAUCUUUCCCUCCAAGGUCCACCAACUCUGAAGUUCUUUGUCACUUUCUGAGUUUAAAAAAGCAGUUGGGAGAGGAAAACAUGCACCACUCCCUUCUGGGAAAAGUUAACUGCACAUCAAAAACGAGUGUAGUAGGGUACUACAGAGAUCCAUGAUAUUCCUCUUUUCCAUGUCUCUGACCAAACAAGAGAAUAGAAAGAGAUGAUUAUUCCAGAUACUGGAAGAAACAAAACAUUUUGUAAUGCACUGAAGGGACUAAACACUCUCUAAGUUUAUAGGUAGAGAAUCAUUGGGUGAGCAGGUUGUUAUUCAUUGUUGAGAUAAUCCCAUCCCUGGGGAACAGACUUAAAUAGAGGUCAGCUAGUAAAGUAACCUGGCCAAUGUGACACCUGCCUGAGGAAAACAGGCUUUUUUGGGCUUGUAGAAAACCUUGGAGAAGAGGUUCUGGAUUAUUAAUGUCUGAAAUG